GUUCAUGUGACGUCAGCAUCUGCGCGCAGCCGCAGCCGGUGAAGAGAAGAUGGUGCUUAUCAAGGAAUACCGUGUGGUUUUACCCUGCUCGGUGGAAGAGUACCAAGUGGGGCAGCUGUACUCUGUGGCUGAGGCCAGCAAGAACGAGACGGGCGGCGGGGAGGGCAUCGAGGUGCUGAAAAAUGAGCCCUACGAGAAGGAGGGAGAGAAAGGACAGUACACACACAAAAUCUACCAUCUAAAGAGUAAAGUUCCUGGGUUCGUGAAGAUGAUCGCACCAGAGGGAGCCCUGGUGUUCCAUGAAAAGGCCUGGAAUGCCUACCCAUACUGCAGAACCAUUGUGACGAAUGAGUACAUGAAAGAUGACUUCUUUAUUAAGAUCGAAACAUGGCACAAACCAGACAUGGGAACGAUAGAAAAUGUACAUGAACUCGAUGCCCCCACAUGGAAGACAGUGGAGGUGGUGCCAAUCGACAUAGCAGACAGAGAGCAAGUCGCGCCUGGUGACUACAAGGAGGAGGAGGACCCCGCACUGUUCAAGUCAGAGAAGACCGGCAGAGGCCCCCUAGGGCCCAACUGGAAGGCAGAGCUGGUCAGUAAACCUGAUUGCCCACGCAUGUGUGCAUAUAAACUGGUCACCGUCAAGUUCAAGUGGUGGGGCCUGCAGAGCAAAAUAGAAAAUUUCAUCCACAGGCAAGAGAGGAGAAUCUUUACCAACUUUCACCGCCAGCUGUUCUGCUGGAUCGACGGCUGGGUGAACCUCACUAUGGAGGACAUCCGACGGAUGGAGGACGAGACGCAGAAGGAGCUGGAGGAGAUGCGUAAGAAGGGCACUGUGCGAGGCACGACGGCCACGGACGAGUAACUCCACCCAUUGUAGGUCAGAGGCAGGCUGACUUCGUAAAUCAGGUGAAGUUCGAGGCACCAGUGCUGCGAACGAACAAUGAGGCAAAAAACCCGAAUCCCUCCAUGACGACGAUGAUGAAAAGCCUACGACGACAAAAAUCACAGCGGGCCACUUUCGAGCUGCGUCUACCGUUCCUCACCAAUCCUGGGGGGUUGUUACAUCCCUGCACCCACUCUCAAAGGAAUCACAACCAUCCUGUUGACAGAAAAAUUGUAUUGCGUGUAUUUUUUUCCUCCAAUUUGCACAUUGAAAACUGAUUACCAGUAGUCGAGGUUAUGCUAAUAUCUAGCUACAGCAACCACAACACAAAAAGUCCACAUUGUGAAAGGCCCCUUAAAAAAAGAACUCAAUCACAGCAGUAACAGAAAACACUUUUCCAAAACAAACCUUAAUUGGCACGAUAUCAUCUUGGCAGGUAUUGGACCAAUUUCUUUUUUUUCAUGUAAGAUAAGUUUAAUUGUAAAAUUUUUGUCCUGACUGUACUGUUUUUUCCCCCCUUGUUUCUUGUUUGUCCCCCUCAGGACUGAAUCUGUCUGAAUCCCUCCCUUAUCCAGUUUUAGUCUUUUUGUGCUACAAAAACCUGGCUGGUAGAUUUGCUUCGAAGGGGUGUUUGGGUUUUUAUUAUGUUGGUGUCCUUAUAAUCCUGUCCUUUCCUGUCUGACAUUAGAUGAUAUUAGGCAUUAUACCACCCCCUCUACAUCCUACACAGACACACACACAGACCUGGAAAAGUUUGUUGGAACGGGUUUUUUUGACACCAGGGAAUACAGAGUGUAGUAGGUCUUUGUUUUUUGGAGUACUUUUCAACAAGGGACUUGCUUGCAAGUGUUCUCCUCUGAUCACCAUUGUUGGUGGCCCUGUACUUUCUCAGCAGAAGCAUUAGACACAUAUAUCUGAUAACACUGACAGUGAAAACCUAUUUCACAACACAUCCACUGCUGCUUCUGAAAGUUCAAGUACUUAGGCUUGCUGUAGAUUUCCAGCGCACUUGGAAUUCAGCACUCAUUGAACAUUAAUUAAAGUUGCUUUUGUAAGUGUUACUGUGCUCCAAGUCACACAUUUAAACACUUACUGCAAGAGCUCAUCUUGCCGGAAGUAGACAGAGAUACUUAUUGAGAGUCUGGUGAUUGGCUGAGGCAGUCUGAGGCACGCGGGAAACUGUGAGCUCCAGGUUCCACCCGUUUACAGGUGGGGUUUGCUCUGAAAGCCACACCCCUCCAGUGAUGCCUGUCUUCACUAGCCACACCUAAUUCUCCUGCUUGUCAAAAAAAAAAAAAUCUAGGUUUGCCGACUCUGCUUGUGCCCAGCUUUGGGGAUUUUUUCCCCCCAUCAUCCUUUGUGACUGGAGGGCACGGCCAUUUUAGCAUUUGUACAAAGUAUAUUUUAGCUAAAGCAAGUGGGAAAGAAGGCAUCAUGGGCUAUACUGUAUUUAAGGCUCUUUGGCCAGCCCAGCUGUCUUCAGUUGUAUUUUACAUUUUAGCUUCUGCUUCCUCUAAUCACAGAGGCCCUUCUCUCCUUUAGACUGAUAAGGUAUCAUUGAGGGGGGGGGGGGUUGCAAUACAAAUGCUGCUUGGAGUACACGCAUGUGUUCCUGUUUUUCUUUCUGUUUCUUGUUGAUCAUGUAAUGGUCAGAAUGCACUUGUGAAAUGUUUUUUUUUUCCCUUUUUAAAGUUUUGAUACAGUGUCUUGACCAUAGCAUGAGAAAAUGAGCACAUUUUUAUAUGACUCUUUAGCCAGUGUAGAGUUGUUGCAUUUUGAAGUGGUUUUACAGGGCUGCGGUCAGGUGUGUUGUUGCACAUGUGUGCAUGCUGUACGCUGACUCUGUGUGUAGCUCCUGCUGUUCCAGGAGCACCCUCAGCCAUUGUCAGCGGACAUGGCAGUAAACCAUAUGACUGUAAUAUUUUUAUGAGAAAAAAAAAGUAGAAGAAAACCUGGCACUUAUUCUAAUUUUAAGCCUCAAUCGAGUGUGGCAUUUUCUCAAACAUGGUCGAUUCAUCACUUAUUACACAAUGGCCAAUCAAGGAAAAAAAGGAAACUGUAUAGUGAGUAAAUGGAUGUCAAGAGGUUGUUUUGGCUGUUAUUCCCUCCCCACCCCCUUGCUUCUCUGCAGUAAUGGAAGAAUUUCUCACUGUUUCACCAGCAGGGCGGCGACUACAAUAUUUACUCUUCAUGCAUUUCAUAGUACUCCGCUGCUCUUUCUGGACUUCAUCGCUUGUUACCUGGCCAGCUGAUACAGUUAACAGUGUGACAGAGCUCAGUGUUUUGUUUUCUCUCCUCAUUUUUCAUUUAAAUAUAAAUCCUGACUUUAGCAUCCUCAGUAUGAUCACCGGCCAGAGGUCCUUCUUGUUUAAAAGCCUCAGGCGCUACAAACGAAUACAACUUUUUCCUCACUGACCGAAUAGUUUACUCUCUGCCACAACAGCUCCGUUUGGUAUGGAAUGGGGUGGGAGGGCAGGUUGGGAACAGUUUGAGGCGAGUAAUUAAAGAAUUGUACAGUGUAACACUUUACUUGGAAAAUCAACUACUGUUAAUUUUCUUUUAAAAAAGGAUGCAUUUAAAUGUUUUCUGAUCAUCUGUUGAAAUUCAGGGGAAAUGGUAGUGAAUGUAAGAUGUUAUACUUUUUGUUUUGUUUAUUUUUUUGGCAGCUUUUGGGCUGUAACAAAAAAGGUCUAGACAAUGAACUUAACAGAAUAUCUAAUAAAUUUCAACAC